AUGUGGCACAGGGGUACAAAGAGAUUGCAAAUACAAGGUGUUCAGAGAUGUACCAGCUACAGUAAAAAUGUCCACCAAAAGGAAGAGGAAAGAGAAAAUGAGAGGAAAGCAAUAUUCAAAAAGAGGGAGUGCCUUUCCAUCCACAUUGGCCAAGCUGGCAUCCAGAUUGGGGAUGCUUGCUGGGAACUCUAUUGCCUGGAACAUGGAAUCCAGCCAGAUGGUGUUGUUCUCAACAGUAAAAAGGAUCAGCUGGAAAAUGCUAACAUGGAGCAUAUAGAUGCAUCUUUCAAUACCUUCUUUUGUGAGACGAGCGCUGGGAAGCACGUGCCCCGAGCACUCUUCAUGGAUCUGGAGCCCACUGUUAUAGAUGGCAUUCGAGCCGGCCCGCGCCGUGCGCUCUUCCACCCAGAGCAGCUGGUCAGUGGGAAGGAAGACGCUGCAAACAACUAUGCCCGCGGUCGCUACUCCGUGGGGUCAGGGAUCAUCGAUCUUGUGCUAGAGAGGAUCCGAAAGCUGACAGAGCAGUGCAGUGGACUUCAGGGAUUUUUGGUUUUCCGAAGCUGUGGAGGAGGCACGGGGUCCGGAUUUACGUCCCUCCUAAUGGAGAAGCUCUCGAUGGAAUACAGCAGGAAGACAAAACUGGAGUUCUCUGUGUAUCCAGCCCCUAGGAUCUCCACUGCCGUAGUGGAGCCCUACAACUCCAUCCUCACCACGCAUUCCACCAUAGAGCACUCGGACUGUACCUUCUUGGUGGACAAUGAGGCCAUCUAUGACAUCUGCCACCAUAAACUUGGUGUCGAGUGUCCCUCUUACGCCAGCAUUAAUAGGCUCAUAGGUCAGGCAGUGUCUUCCAUCACUACUUCCCUCAGGUUUGAAGGGCCCUUGAAUGUGGACCUCAUUGAAUUCCAGACCAACCUGGUCCCUUAUCCGAGAAUACAUUUCCCCACGACAACCUUUGCCCCCAUCAUCUCCGCUGAGAGUGCCUACCGCGAGGAGCUCUCUGUGUGUGACAUCACUGCUGCUUGCUUUGACUUCUCCAACCAGCUGGUCAAGUGUGACCCUCGCCUGGGGAAGUACAUGGCCUGCUGUCUCCUCUACAGAGGGGAUGUGGUCCCCAAAGAUGUGAAUGCAGCCAUUGCAGCCAUGAAGUCCAGGAACUCUGUGCAGUUUGUAGACUGGUGUCCAACUGGUUUCAAGGUAGGCAUCAACAGCCAGCCACCCACGGUGAUGCCAGGAGGGGACCUGGCCAAGGUCCAGCGGGCCGUGUGCAUGCUGAGCAAUACCACGGCCGUCGUGGAGGCCUGGGCCCGCCUGGACCACAAGUUUGACCUCAUGUAUGCCAAGAGGGCAUUUCUGCAUUGGUACACCAGAGAAGGCAUGGAGGAAGAUGAGUUCUCAGAGGCCCGGGAAGACUUGGCCACCCUGGAGAAGGAUUAUGAAGAAAUGGGGCGAAGUUUCUGA